UCUCCAUUAUCGUGCUUUUUCUCCUUCUGUCUCUGUAUCAUUUGGUCCAUCUAUAUCGUUAGAGGGACAAAUACAGUUGCAGUGAGCGCCGGGAACAGCCCGUAACCUUAUGAGCCAGACUCAAGGUCAAAGGUCAUCGCUACAGCAAUGGAGUGCUUCAAUGACCUGCUCCAUAAACUGCAGGAGGUUCACGAAAGAGAAAUGGAGGGAUGGCAAGUGAAAGUCCAAGAGCUGUCCAACAAGAAAGGCUGUGAUACUAAGCGAAUGGAGGAACUGUUCACCAGAAACCAGCAGAUGAAGGAACAGCAAAGAUUACUCACAGAGAACAUCAAGACACUGGAAAACAGGCUGAGAGCGGGGCUGUGUGACAGGUGCACAGUUACUCAGGAGGUAGCCAGCAGAAGACAGCAGGAAUUUGAAGCAUCACAGAUACAGAGCCUGCAGCACAUCUCUCGACUGGUGGGAGAGAUGAACAACCUCAAAAGGGAGAACAAGAGAUUCAGAGAUGAAAUCAGGAGUUUUAAAACAGCAUUAGAAGGUCACAGUGACCACUCCUCAAACAGCAGCACCAUCAUAGAGGCCAAACCAAACAGCUCCCCGGACUUUUCGCCGUCUUCUGGACCUGAGGCGCUCCUCACUGCAGCAGCCAGCAGGGCCAGCAACCAGCCAUCGGACUGUGAUGUUGGGAAGAAACCUGAAAGAGACCAAAGAACAGAGGAAGCUGAACACAGACAGUCAAGAGGGAUGAACAGAAGCCACUAUGAGUCAUAUAAGCCUCUUGUAUUGCCAACUCUUGCAUCACCACCAUGGAAGGCAGAGCAUGGCGUAACCCGUGCUGGAGAGAGGAGAGCUCAGAGUAAUGAAGGACUGGACCGGCGGUCCCCCAUUGCUCCUCAAGCUCUCCUUCCUAAAACAUCUUCCCCGACCACCAGUGGAGUCAACCUCAGUAGACAUGUGCUCCACACUCCUGUCCCCUGCCGGCCUCAACCAAUCAAGAGUAGCACUCUAAGUCUCCCCUGGCCCUUAUCUGAAACCUCUGACUGGGUUUCUAUGGCAGCGGCAGGAACCAGCCAGUUGAUGCAACCUUCUUCCAAACCACAUCUGUCACGCUUUCCCAACCUUAUCCCAAAUAGCCAACAUGCCAGUACUAGAAGGCCAGCUUUUGGGUCUCCCUGGCCCAAACACAACAUUAAUCCAUCCCCUGUAAAAGAGCCAACUGUGGUGUUCAGGUUCAAGAAUUUGUCAGACCACCCAGAGAGUCAAAUUAAGCCCCAGGAGAAGAAGGACAAUCAGCCAAUUAAGACUGAGAGUGUCUCUGGAGAAGGACUUAAAGAGAUGUAUGAAGGGCCUCUGGACCUUUCAGAUCGAGGAAAGUCCAAAUCCGGCCAAACGCCAAGAGAUGAUUCACCCUUAGGCUUACAAGGUGGAGAGAGAAUACAGAUGAGCCCUGACAAUGCACUGAAAACAAAUACACUUGCACAUGUACCAGUUUCCUCACCUUUACCUGUCUACCCAUCCUCAUCCUCCUCUACACCACCAGUCAAACAACAAGAGGAAGAACUUACCAGUGAUCACAACCACAAGCAGGUAAUCAAAGAUGAGGAGCAGAAAGAGGAGGUGAAUGGAAAGACAGACCAGACCACUGAAAAGAAGGUGCCUGUCCUCACUAUAUCUUUACGUCCAGUAGUACUCCUGGAGACUCUGAAUUCUGCUCUGCAAAAGCAAGAAUCCAUGUCGUCUAAUGGAAAGUCACAGUCAUCAUCACCAGCAGCUGAACCAGGGAUAAGCUCAGAUGAGCAGGAAGAGGGCUGCAAGAGGAAGAGGGCCUCUGCAGAAACCGACUCAGACACAGACAAUAUCCAGUACAAAAGAAACCAAGGAGGGGAGCCCCAGCAAAAGAGAAUGAUGUCACAUUGAUUUGGUGAUCCAGCUCAAACCUGCGUUAAGUGAUUGUUUGGACCACUUGGGGGCAGUACAACAUUCUGAAAACAGAACUGAGAAACUGAGACUCAACACUGACACAUCGCCUUAUAAAAUAGAAACAGGCAGCAAAUCAGUGAACACUAUUAACUGUUUAAAUGUUGAAUUAGAGGAUGGAAAAAUGUCCAUAUAGCUCAGGGGAUCAUCAUCAUCAUUGGUCUAUUCAUUAGGAGCAAUUUUUCUUGUGACAUUUUUAAACAUCAGGGUUCUUUCUUACCUGUGGCGCAGUGCACUCUGUCCCUUAGUCAUUUACUGAGCAGCAGUAAUUGAUAAUGGGUGGCAAAACAGAAUAUAUCUGACUUAAAUUCAAAUGUGGUUAAGACUCUAUUGAGUAUUUAUAGGUUGGAAGUAAUAUUCCCAUUAGCUUCUUACAACCUUAACCAGAUUAAAUUGGAACACACUUUCAACAUUACAGAGAAACCCAACCGUUCCCACAAUGUUUGACACUGUCGAGAGAAAAACUCCCUCAUUAACUGGGAGAAACAUCUAGCCAUCUACCAUUAAUAAUAAUUGUUGAUGAUAGUGUCAAAUGUGGAUCCCGCAGCUCUGGAGUCAGAGAUCCCUGCAGAAUAUGAGAGAGAGACUGAAUUGUGUCUGUUGCCAUAAAGAAGUCUCUUUUGUCCUUGAGAACUGAUAACGAUAUGUUUAAUAUAUUCAAAUGCCACAAAUUGAGCCUUUAAAAAGAGAUGGCUGUUAUUGUAGCUUCUUACUCCAUGUAGUGUUUGCAGUUAUUGGUCCUGCUAAGAAAUGAAUUUGCUAUUUGGGACAUUCCAUUGUUAAACAGUGCUUUAUGUCAUGUAAACAUCAUACUCUAUUGAUUAUUGGGUCUGUUAAUUCUUUGGUGAAACAAAUACAACUUUCCAUGGUAUCACUGAGUCCAAAAUAACAAUAUGGGGAUGAGUAUCCAUUGUUCGACUAUUUCCAUCUGAAUCAAACAUUUGUUUAAAUCCCUUUACUCGGGUGAUACAUUAAUCUUCGCCAAGGUGAAUGUAAAUGAGCAUGUGCUUAAGUAUUCUGUUUAGCAGCUUGCAACUGUUUGGUGGGGAACUGACUCCUAGUCAGGCUUAGAAAGUCACACAUUGCGCAACACAUACCAGCCCUUGCAUUUCCACAAUGUACAAAUCAAGCUCCCUGUAUGACCAGCUGAAGACAAGUGCAGUGACCAAAAGACAAAUGGUCUGAUUCAAAUGACAGUGUGAAUUUUGCUCUGUCUCCUCUCAGUUGAGGAAUGCUCUAAUCUUUUCAACCCACAAAUACAACUAGCAUCAAUGUCCGUAAUGCCACUGCAGGAAACAGCACCAUCAUCAUCUAAUUGAACACUUCGAUGCCAGCAACCAAUGGUUUGAUAUUCCAUUUCCAACCAAUCAGUGUUUGGGUCUGUCGGUAUAGUCCUGCUCACCAAUACUCAUCACACCCUGCUCACUAUACUGUUCUACUAUUUAUAGUUAUUUGACUUUGCCAGCAUUGCAGUCACUGCCUGGCUAUUUUUGCCACCGAGAACCCACCCCUCCCCUUCUCCCACCACCGUUUCUCUAAGUGACCUAAAAAGAAAAAAAGAGAAUAACCUCUUCCUCUUCCUCUUUUUCAGAACGCACAUAUUUUGCAAGUAUUAACUUUCCACUCACAGCUGCAACAGCUUGUCUUAAGCCGGUGGAUGGAGGAAAUGAAAAGUGAGAAAAAGUGACAGAGUCAGUUUAAUAACUUAAAGGGAUACUUCACCGAAAAAUGAAAAUUAACUCUUUAUCUGCUCACCACUAUGUCGAAGUGUUUGAGUCCACAAAACACUUUUGAAGUAUGAGUUUUCGGUGAGCUAACCCUUUAAACCUUUAUGGCUACAGCACUGUUAGGUCAAGCUGUCCCUUUUUCUACUAUAAAAAUUUAUUUUUUUCUAAAGAUGUCCUAAUUAAUGGGCAGAAUCAAACAACAUUUACUCGAAAUAUAAAAUUAUGAUAUAUGUCUCUCUUUUCUUUUUCAAAUAUGUACACUUUUUGCUCUCCUGUGUGUGACAACUCCAACGCGUGCAGUCCUAAUGAAUGUAUAUUGAUUUCUACUGUUUCUGUCUGUCUCUUUAAAGCCAUUAGAGUCCAUUAAGUACAGUACUUGGUCAAUGGUCAAUGUACAAAAUAGCCUUCCGGCCAUAUAUCUGUUAAUUAAAAUGUGAUUGACUGUGAUACUAUAAGUGUGUACUUUGAUGCUAAUCCAUCAGUGUGUUGCUGCAUGGUCUAACCAGAUAUGUUGUGUUCUAAAAUUAUCAAACACACACUGAGAAACUUCUGUAUGAAUGCACUUCACCUGAUGCUGAAAUAAAUUUCCU